UCACCUAGACUCCGUCCUUAAUACUAACAAGUGGUAUCAGAGCCAUAUUAAGGACAUUGAGAGGAGUCUACAGAAGUGUGAAGACCCUUCUAGACCCACCAUGGCCUUCAAGAAAGUGCAGCAGCAGCAGACACAUGGUGAGGUGCUUGCUGGUGUGGAUGCGAGUGCGGCAUGGGCUAAGGCUUCAUCAAGGAGUGGUGAGGCCGAUUGGGAGACAUGGCAUGAGAGGCUGUGUCAUGUGAACUUCCCUAUGCUGCAGAAGUUGGUGAAGGAUAGGAGCCUGAAGGGCUUGGAGGUGAAAGGGGGAGUGAAGGAGAUUGGGAGCUGCCCUACAUGCUUGGAGACCAAGUUCUCCAACUCGCCAAGAAUGCUUGUCUGCAUGGGCUGACAAAACACAUAAGGCCUAAGUGGCAUUGGGUGAGGACACUCCUUGAUAAGGAGGUGCGGCUGGACAUAGUGAAGACCCAUCAGCAGGCAGCAGAUAUUUUCACUAAGCGACUGGCGGAGGCGGAUCAUUGGAAGGGCAUGAAGCUUGCUGGGAUGA